AUGACGGAGUCUAUCUAUUCUACGUACCCUCCGAAGUUGAGUGAGGCUCAAGAGCAGUUUUUGGUUUCAACAAUCAAAGACUGGACGAUCCAGCAUGGUCUAACCGUCAGGCCUGCAGCAACUUUUGUCUCCCAGGAGGCUGUCUCGAAGGGAGUAUUGGCAACCAAUGCGCCGGUCACACUGUUUCCGAGUCCGUUCCCAAAGGCAUGCUUCGAAGAAGCAAGAGCAGUACAAAAAGUGUAUAAUGAGUUAUAUGCGCGGAUCACAAGUGAUAAUAAGUGGCUAGGGGAGGUCAUUGAAGAGCUUAUCGACGUUGACGACUUUGUGGCUGGACUUUGGAAGGUUCACCAGACUGUAUCGCAAGAAGGAUAUGUGCAAGACUUGUCUGUUGGUCUCUUCCGGUCCGACUAUAUGGUGCAUACUCUGGACGCGGAGACCGCAUCGUUGAAGCAAGUAGAAUUCAACACAAUCUCUUCCUCAUUUGGCGGACUCUCUUGUCGUGUAGCGGCCCUGCAUACAGAAUUGUUGCAAUCACCACCCGGCCACUCGUUGAGCUAUCCAUCACACCCGUUACUUGAUGGACGAGUUCCACCAGAAAAUGCAGCUGUCGAGACUCUCAGUGCAGGGCUAGCUGCUGCGCAUGAAGCAUAUGGACCGUCUAAAUCGUCACCGGCGCUACCUCUCGGCAUUCUAUUUGUUGUCCAAGAAGGCGAACGCAAUAUAUUUGAUCAAUUAGCACUCUCUACACGACUGGCACAAUUUCACAAGAUUCCCGUGUUUCGACUAGUGACGAGCGAGAUUUUGGACCGAACAUCUAUACCAGAAGGCAAUUCAUCGAGACCCUUGAUAUAUACACCACCUCAUGCGCAGGGUAGUCCUUUUGAAAUAACGACUGUCUACUUGAGAAGCUUCUACGCACCUACCGACUACAAAACCGACAGGGACUGGAGUGCUCGACUUCAACUGGAACGCUCUGCCGCAAUCAAGUGCCCUACCGUCCUCAAUCAGCUGUCUGGCUGCAAAAAGAUUCAGCAAGUUCUUGCGGACCCGAAUAAGCCAGAGUAUCUUACAAGAUUCAUACCAACAGCGGACUCAGAAGGGACUCAAGAGAAACUUCGCAAGACAUUCGCUCCGCAAUACGAUCUCUCGCCCAACGGACGCGGUAGAGAGCUUGCACUGAACCCCGAGACAGCAGCGCGCCACGUUCUCAAACCACAAAGAGAAGGCGGUGGUAAUAAUAUAUACAAAGAAGCCAUUCCAGAGUUUCUCAAAUCGAUACCGGAAAGCGACUGGAAAGGGUAUGUAUUAAUGGAAUUGAUUCAGCCACCAUCAGACGCGAGUAAUGUGGUACUCCGCAGCGAUGGGGAGGUUGUCCGUGGGAAUGUCGUUGGGGAGCUAGGGAUCUUUGGCACUAUUCUAUGGAAGUCGAAUGGUGAGGUUCUACAUAAUGAAGAGGGUGGAUGGUUGAUGCGAACAAAGGGCAAGGAGAGUAAUGAGGGCGGAGUUGCAGCUGGGUUUUCAUCGUUGGAUAGCAUCAUUCUGUAUUAG